GGACACGGUACCGGUUGCACGGGUCUCGCGGGGGCGGCGCGCCACGGCGGCAAGCACCGCGACGCCGGCCGCCACCGAGCAGAGAGAGAACGCCUCGGCCUGAGCCGAGCUGGUAAUCAGUGUCGUUUCCGCGCCAGCACUGGCCACCACGCGGCAGAUUACGCAGAUUACGCACGCUCUGCACACCCCCCGCGCGUACCCCGCCGCGACGAGAUCCCGGAUUGUGACAGUGCGACGGGCCUGCGUACCCCGGCCGUUUGUGCCCACCGAUUUUCGAGUUAAACGCUCGAAACUCGACUCGAGGAAGGAGGAGGAAACGGGUGUGCAAGAACUGGAGGAAAGGAGGCGUCGGGAUUGGAGAGGUACAGUUACGGUUAAGAGGAGUUGGGUCGAAUCGUCAUGCCGAUUGCCUCGUAGAGAAACUGUUCCCCGACUUAAAUGGGGGGAUCCGCCGGCUCGCUCGAUCCACGGCGGAUUCCGGGAAUAACGGGCCCGGGAGUGGUCGCACGGAAUGCCAACCGCGAUGAUACCGUGAUGGUGAUCACCUAGUCGGGGCGACGCUGCUACGAUGACGCGGUUACCCGUUGCCUCCAAGUUUCGCAUCGGUGUGGAGGGAUAAGUUUCGGGCGUGACAGUGAGAAUCGCGAGAUUAAGUGACCGAUUGAGUGAGAACAGGUGACUGAACUCGAAUACGUCGCUCGUGAAUCGAGAGGAGGGAAAGGGGAGAGAAAACAAUACGGAAUGAGUGGCGGCGAGGGCGUGGUGGCGGGCCAGGGAGCCGGGAACGAUCGUCUGUGCGAGGACGUCGACAUGGCAACUUCGACGUCCGCCUCCUCGAAUUUGAAGCCGCGCAGCGGCAAGAUCAGCUUCAGCGUUGACUCUCUGCUGAGCGACAUGAAGAAGACCGGGGGCCCGUUCGCGAGACGAGAGAACGAGGAUCGGAUGGAGAGCGAGAAGAGCCUGGACGUGGAGGCGAGGUAUCGCGAGCUGCUGCUGGAGCAGCAGAGGCUGCAGAGCAGAGAGCUGUUGGCCAGGCUGAGCCCGCACGGGCUCGCGUUCGCGAAUCACCACCACCACCACCACCACCACCACCACCACCAUAAUCAGCCGUCGAGCAGGCCGGAGCAGGAUCAGCACCCGUCGGCCGGCCGUCAAGAGAUCCUCACCGUGAAGGAUUUCUCGAGGACGACGGGAGGCCACCACGACAAGUCCUCGUCCCCGAUCAGAAUAGAGCAGGAGGCGCAGAGGGAACGGGACGACCGGCGAUUGUCCUCGGGCUCGCCCGGGAGCAGGAGCCUCGUCGUCGAGUCGUCGAUGAUCCAGAGGGAGGAGGACGAGAGGAUGGAGAGGAUCGGGGACCCGCGUUCCGUGUCACCUGCGAGCAGACGGGAGAUGAUGGACGACAGGAGCGAUUCGGAGGCGAAUCGCUCGCUGGAAGGGGACAGGGCCGAUCACCUCGAUCUCGAGGACCAAAGCGAGAUAAGGAGCGUGGCCCACUCGGAGGAUUUGAACGUGAUGGACUCGGACUGCGAGCUGGAGAGGGAGGUGGACAACGGGCAGGAGAAGGAGGAGAAGUCGAGCCCCGUAGUGCCUCAGCCGAUCCACCCGGGGGUUCAGAGGCCCUCUCAGGGGCCCCCUUACCUCCCCGCCGCCCCCGGCGCCCCCGGAUGGAAUCCCGCGGGAUUCCCGCAUUCCCUCGCGGGGUUCGCGUGGCUGCCCCCACCCCCGCACCCGCACAACCCGCACGGACACCUGUACACGCCUCACGGGGGGCCCACUAGUCCGAACGGCGAUCUGAGGCUGCCGGGGCCGGGGCCAGGCCCGGUCAGGUGCACCCUGAGGAAGCACAAGCCGAAUCGCAAGCCGAGGACGCCGUUCACCACGCAGCAGCUGCUCUCCCUGGAGAAAAAGUUUCGCGAAAAGCAGUACCUAACCAUCGCCGAACGAGCGGAAUUCUCGUCGUCCCUUCACCUUACGGAAACGCAGGUGAAAAUAUGGUUCCAGAACAGGCGAGCCAAGGCGAAGCGUCUCCAAGAGGCGGAAAUCGAGAAGCUGAGGUUGUCCGCGAGGCCGUUGUUGCACCCGAGUUUCGGCUCUGGGCUAAUGUUCUCCGGAGUGGGGCCACCUGGGACACCAGGAGUGCCUCCCUUCAUCGCGGCGGCCAUGGCUAGGCACACCCAUGUCGCCGCCGCGGCGGCCAUGUUCAUGGGGCCCCCUGGACACAGGCCUUAAUAAGGGAGAGGCGAGCCGCGCGGGCCCGAGUGUCGCUCGUAUCCUGGCCAGUCUUCUGGCCUCUUCCUGGGCUGGCAUACGACGACUUGAAAACUUGUCCCAACGAAAAGUGACCGCGCAGCUUGGACAUUUUCUCGAAUCUGCGGGUGUGAGGAAUUAAAGGAAACUUUGAAAAGGGGCGUCGAGAAAUAUUUAACUCGAUGGUGAUUCGAAGGUGAAGACGAAGCUCGAGACGACAAGAUUCGUGGUUGGAGAGUCGGGUAAAUCGACGGCGACUUUAACUGCCUUCUUCUUUCACCGCGAAGAGAUUUGGAAAUUUGUGAAACGUGCUCGAAACUUCCCUCCCCCCAUCCUUUUAUUUUUCUACGUUCGCGAAUUUUAUCGACCGGAUAAGAUGGAAUUUCAACGAUGAUCGCUCGAGGCAUUUAUAGAAAGCAUUUCAAGCCGUUGAUCUCAUCAUGAAAACUCGUUAUUAUCUCCAGGUUACGAUUUGUAUUGUGUACAUAUUGUAAAUAGAUUCUCUAUCCGCGUAUAAGUGUGUACGUAUGUAUAUAUAAAUAUUAAUAUAUCGACACGCGUGUACAGGAUCGGCGAAAUCGAGGAAUUUUCGUCAAAAUGGACUUCGACUGUUGUUAACCCCCUCGUUUCGGCUCGUUUCUACUUAACGUAUAUUAAAUUUACCGGGGUGGGAUAAUCGAGAGAGCGCGAAGAGGAAAUACGAUCUACUUUUACCCACCAGAGAACAGAUGGUAUUCCCCAAAAUCGAUCGAAUCGAGCGUGGUUCGUUCGUUUGAUAGAUAAAACAGAGGAAAGAGAAAGGAAUUUUUUCAAUUCGUCCGUGAUACAAAUUCUUUUCGGCCAGAUUGCGAGAUUUUCCUUUUUCAAAUUCAAAGAGCGUGUACAUACGUGUCCAAGGGACGAGGAAAAAUGUAAAUUCCGAUGUAGGAUCGAGAUUCACACUGCGACGAGGUCCCGGAUGUACCUUAAGCGCCCUGUAUAAAUGUAACAUGAUAAUUUAUCCAUGGAAGUAUACCAUAGCGAAAUAAAAAUGAUUUCAGUAUUUA